AUGGGAAGAGAUGCAGGGGCUAUGAGACUGGGAACAACAGCACCACAGCAGAGUCACAGUCAGCCUGAGGGGGAAGGUUGCAGCAAAGCUGGAGGCAUUGUCUCAGGGGCUCAAGAGACCUCAGACCUUGCUGAUAAAGCUGAUGAUGAGGAUGAUGAAGAUCUAACUGUGAACAAAACAUGGGUACUUGCACCAAAGAUUCAUGGUGGAGAUGUCACUCAUAUACUGGACUCCUUACUUCAAGGUUAUGACAGUAAACUUCGGCCAGAUAUUGGAGUGAGAACCACAGUAAUAGAAGCGGGUGUCUAUGUUAACAGCAUCGGCCCAGUUGACCCAAUCAAUAUGGAAUACACUAUAGAUAUAAUUUUUGCCCAAACUUGGUAUGACAGUCGUCUAAAAUUUAACAGUUCAAUGAAAGUACUUAUGCUUAAUAGCAAUAUGGUUGGAAAAAUAUGGAUUCCAGAUACAUUCUUCCGGAACUCAAGAAAAUCUGAUGCUCAUUGGAUCACAACUCCAAACCGUUUGCUUCGAAUCUGGAAUGAUGGGCGAAUAUUAUAUACUCUGAGGUUGACAAUUAAUGCUGAAUGUUAUCUUCAGCUUCAUAACUUUCCUAUGGAUGAACAUUCCUGCCCUCUGGAGUUUUCAAGCUAUGGGUAUCCCAGAAAUGAAAUUGAAUACAAAUGGAAAAAAACCUCUGUUGAAGUGGCAGAUCCCAAAUACUGGAGACUGUACCAGUUUGCAUUUGUAGGGCUAAGAAAUACAACUGAAAUUUCUCAUACUCUGUCUGGAGAAUAUAUUAUCAUGAGAAUCUUCUUCGAUUUGAGCCGACGUAUGGGAUAUUUUACUAUUCAGACAUACAUUCCUUGCAUACUCACAGUAGUUCUUUCUUGGGUGUCAUUUUGGAUUAAUAAAGAUGCAGUGCCUGCAAGGACAUCAUUGGGCAUUACCACAGUAUUAACUAUGACUACGCUAAGUACAAUUGCUAGGAAGUCACUCCCCAAGGUUUCAUAUGUGACAGCAAUGGACCUCUUUGUUUCAGUUUGCUUCAUUUUUGUGUUUGCUGCUUUGAUGGAGUAUGGUACCUUGCAUUAUUUUACAAACAACAAAAAAGGGAGCAGAGAGAAAGAGAAGUCAAAGCACAAACCAUCAAAAUCACCUGCAAUUGCUGUCCGUCCUGGGUCAACAUUAAUUCCAAUUAACAACCUCAGUCAUCUCCCAGAACAUGAUGAUGAUUAUGGAUAUGAGUGUCUGGAGGGGAAAGAUUGCACCAGCUUCUUUUGCUGUUUUGAUGACUGCCGCACGGGAUCUUGGAGAGAAGGAAGAAUACACAUCCGUGUUGCUAAAAUUGACUCCUAUUCUCGAAUCUUCUUUCCAACCGCUUUUGCCUUGUUCAACCUUGUUUAUUGGAUUAGCUACCUUUAUCUAUGA